GAGCCUACGUUCGCUUUGGCCCUUCUAGCCUACCGGCUCUCCCCCUCCCCGCCCGGUACCAAGAUGGCGGCAGAAGCAGCUGGUGGGAAAUACAGAAGCACUGUCAGCAAAAGCAAAGACCCCUCGGGGCUGCUCAUCUCUGUGAUCAGGACUCUGUCUACCAGUGAUGAUGUUGAAGACCGAGAAAAUGAGAAGGGCCGCCUUGAAGAAGCCUAUGAGAAAUGUGACCGUGACCUGGAUGAGUUGAUUGUACAGCACUACACAGAGUUGACGACAGCCAUUCGCACAUACCAGAGCAUCACAGAGCGCAUUACCAACUCCCGAAAUAAAAUAAAGCAGGUGAAAGAGAAUCUGCUUUCUUGCAAGAUGCUGUUGCACUGUAAACGGGAUGAGCUCCGGAAAUUGUGGAUUGAAGGAAUUGAACACAAGCAUGUCCUGAACCUGCUGGAUGAAAUUGAGAAUAUCAAGCAAGUGCCUCAAAAGCUGGAACAGUGCAUGGCCAGCAAGCACUAUCUCAGUGCCACCGACAUGCUGGUGUCAGCAGUGGAGUCUUUGGAGGGCCCCCUGCUCCAGGUGGAAGGACUGAGCGACCUCAGGCUGGAGCUUCACAGCAAGAAGAUGAACCUCCACUUGGUUCUCAUAGAUGAACUGCACCGGCACCUGUACAUCAAAUCCACCAGCCGAGUUGUGCAGCGUAACAAGGAGAAAGGGAGAGUGAGCUCCCUUAUAAAAGAUGCUUCUCCCGUUCCUCUGAUUGAUGUUACCAACCUUCCUACUCCUCGAAAAUUCCUCGAUGCCUCUCAGUUUUCUACUCCUGGAAGCUCAAGUGUCAAGGAGAUAAACCUGCAGGACAUCAAGGAGGAUUUGGAGUUGGAUCCAGAGGAGAACAGCACCCUUUUUAUGGGCAUCCUCAUCAAGGGGCUGGCCAAACUGAAGAAGAUCCCAGAGACCGUUAAGGCAAUCAAAGAACGCUUGGAGCAGGAGCUACAGCAAAUUGUGAAGCGGUCUACGACCCAGGUCGCAGACAGUAGCUAUCAGAGAGGAGAGAACCUCACUGUGGAGAACCAGCCAAGGCUACUUCUAGAACUGCUGGAGUUGCUAUUUGACAAGUUCAACGCUGUAGCCACUGCGCACUCUGUGGUCCUGGGGUACCUGCAGGACACCGUUGUGACCCCGCUGGCCCAGCAGGAAGAUGUCAAAUUGUACGAUAUGGCGGACGUGUGGGUGAAGAUCCAAGAUGUUCUGCAGAUGCUGUUGACCGAGUACUUGGAUAUGAAAAAUACUCGUACGGCCUCUGAACCAUCAGCUCAACUAAGUUAUGCCAGCACUGGCCGAGAUUUUGCAGCCUUUUUUGCCAAGAAGAAACCUCAAAGGCCAAAAAAUUCUCUUUUUAAGUUCGAAUCCUCCUCCCAUGCCAUCAGUAUGAGUGCCUAUUUGCGAGAGCAGAGACGGGAGCUCUACAGUCGCAGUGGAGAACUUCAAGGGGGUCCUGAUGACAACCUAAUUGAAGGUGGAGGAACAAAAUUUGUCUGCAAACCUGGAGCCAGAAAUAUUACUGUCAUAUUCCAUCCAUUAUUAAGAUUUAUUCAAGAGAUCGAGCAUGCCCUGGGACUCGGCCCAGCCAAACAGUGUCCUCUUCGAGACUUUCUCACUGUGUACAUCAAAAACAUCUUCCUGAAUCAGGUCCUGGCAGAGAUCAACAAGGAGAUUGAAGGAGUCACUAAAACAUCUGACCCCUUGAAGAUCCUAGCUAAUGCGGACACCAUGAAGGUGAUGGGGGUACAACGGCCUCUCCUACAGAGCACAAUCAUUGUGGAGAAGACAGUGCAAGACCUCAUGAACCUGAUGCACGACCUGAGUGCGUACUCGGAUCAGUUCCUCAACAUGGUGUGCGUGAAGCUCCAGGAGUACAAGGACACCUGCGCUGCGGCCUGCAGGGGCAUUGUCCAGUCAGAAGAGAAACUUGUCAUCAGUGCAUCUUGGGCAAAGGACGAUGAUAUCAGCAGACUCUUGAAAUCUCUACCCAACUGGGUUAACAUGGCUCAACCCAAACAGCUGAGGCCAAAGAGAGAAGAGGAAGAAGAUUUCAUAAGGGCAGCCUUUGGUAAGGAGUCAGAAGUUCUCAUUGGGAACCUGGGUGACAAAUUAAUCCCUCCGCAAGACAUCCUCCGUGAUGUCAGUGACCUCAAAGCUUUGGCCAACAUGCAUGAAAGCCUGGAAUGGUUAGCAGGUCGAACAAAGUCAGCUUUCUCCAAUCUUUCUACAUCCCAGAUGCUGUCUCCUGCCCAAGAGAGCCACGUGAACAUGGAUCUUCCCCCAGUGUCGGAGCAGAUCAUGCAGACUCUGAGCGAACUUGCCAAAUCUUUCCAGGAUAUGGCUGACCGCUGCUUGCUGGUCCUACACCUGGAAGUCAGGGUUCACUGUUUCCAUUAUCUCAUCCCCCUUGCAAAGGAAGGGAACUAUGCCAUUGUCGCUAAUGUGGAAAGUAUGGAUUAUGACCCUCUGGUGGUCAAGCUCAACAAGGACAUCAGCGCCAUUGAAGAGGCCAUGAGUGCCAGCCUUCAGCAGCAUAAGUUCCAGUAUAUAUUUGAAGGCCUGGGUCACCUGAUCUCCUGCAUCCUCAUUAAUGGUGCCCAGUACUUCAGGCGCAUCAGCGAGUCCGGCAUCAAGAAGAUGUGUAGAAACAUUUUUGUCCUUCAGCAGAAUUUGACCAACAUCACCAUGUCGCGGGAGGCAGACCUGGAUUUUGCAAGGCAGUAUUACGAGAUGUUAUACAACACGGCCGACGAGCUCCUGAACCUGGUGGUGGACCAGGGCGUGAAGUACACAGAGCUGGAGUACAUCCAUGCCCUGACCUUGCUGCACCGCAGUCAGACUGGGGUGGGAGACCAGACCACCCAGAACAUGAGGCUGCAGCGGCUCAAGGAGAUCAUUUGUGAGCAGGCUGCCAUCAAGCAAGCCACCAAGGAUAAGAAAAUAACUACGGUUUAAUUGGGUGCACUUCUGGGGGAGGGGUGGGGGUGGGGAGGGGCGGUCAUUUUUGUUUACUCAGUCAUGAGUAACUGCUUCUUUCAGUAGAUUUUUACUCUCCUGACCCCGUUGGUUUACAAUUCAGUAAAAUAAGUCUAUGUGUGUUACUUUCUGUCUCUAUUACCAAGAUCAAAUCAGUGGCUUCUCCAAGCCGGCUGUAGUUUUCAACAAAUUCCCCUAACCAAAACAAGACCUCUCCAGGGCCAGGGGAAAAAGUUCUUUUAUCUCAGUCCCUGAGACAGACCGCUUUCUGUGUAGCAGCUUGUACCCAGGUCCUAGUCAGUGUAUCGCCUCUGCAUUUUUCUUUCUGCUGUCUCAAAACCAAGAGCCAUCAAAUUAAUGACAAAAAUGGAAGGUUGAAUGGCGAUCCAACCCUCUUCUUGAUUUUUUUUUUUCCCCUCUACUUUCCAAGAGAAGAUGAUGAGUAGAGAACUUUUAUUCUCAGUUAAACAUUGUUUGGAUGUGAGUGCUUCUUAGAUGCUUUACUUGCUCUCAAUAUGAGCCCCUAGGACUUUCUCACCUUAGAAAGGAGCCCUGGUCCACCCAGCUGAGUGCACGGAAGAUGAGACAGCAUGACGUUCGUCCUCUGUGCACCCACAGCUGAGUCCAUUUUCCAGAGUGCUCCCCGGGGUUAUGGGCGUUCACCGCUAGUGGCACACUCGACCCCACUGUGGCUCCCACGUCUCCAAGCACUCCUGAUACUCAUGGUUGAUAUGUCACAAGAGAAAGCAAUGCACUCACCACCCGGGACACGCCUCGGGAGCACGUGGAGAGGAGAGCAGGAAGGACUUUGACCAUACACGGUCAUGCCUCACGUUGUGAUGGUCCAGAAUUGUACAGGAAAAGCAGAAAAUUAAAAAAUGUUUUGAGAA